AUGUCUCCUAUUCUUGCUGUAUUCGGCGCAACAGGCGUCCAGGGGGGUUCCCUUGUCAACUAUGUGCUCAACGACCCUGAGCUCAGCCAGAAAUAUCAAAUCCGCGCCAUUACUCGUGACAUAACUUCAUACAAUGCCACGGCACUCCAGGGAAAGGUCGAAGUCGUCCAAGCUGACGUAUCCGACCCUGUCUCGAUCGAGGCAGCCCUAACCGGAGUCCACACCGUCUUUGCCAUGACUGUGCCUUCCUUCACCCCGGACGGACUAGAAGUCGAAUUCAGUCAUGGCAGGACAAUCGCCGACACCGCAGUCCGACAGGGCGUCAAAUAUCUUAUCUUCAGCACGCUGCCAGCCGUCAAUGAGAUCUCAGGCGGCAAAUAUUCCCAUGUCACUCCCUUUGACGCCAAAGCAAAGAUCGAACACUACAUACGCGGUCUCCCUAUCAAGAGUGCCUUUGUGUCGUUUGGAUUCUUCAUGCAGAAUCUACAUACUCAGCCAUUUCUGGGUCCCGUGCCGGCUCCGGACGGGACUUGGAUUCUUGCCCGUCCCGCUCCUCCUACAAGUCGCAUUCCAUACAUUGAUGCCGUUGCGAAUGUUGGGAAUGUAGUCGGCUCUAUUCUCGCCGAGCCUGAGAAGUACGAAGGAAAGACAUUCUGCGCUGCUGAAAGACUAUACAGCCUGGAAGAGAUUGCAGCUCUUCUCUCGCAGUCUAGCGGCAAGACUGUUGUCUAUAAGCAGGUUACGCUCGAAGAGUUCAAGAAGAGCAUCCCAUUUGCGCCUGAUCUCUUUGCUGAUGGGUUUGGGUUCUCGGAAGAGUUUGGGGGAUAUUGGGGGCCGGAUACGGAGAGAUUGGUUGCUUGGGCUAUUGAAAAUACGCGAGGUAGAUUACGUACGCUUGAGGAGUACUUGGAGGCAAACCCUAUUCAGCUCUGA